GUCACUCGCAUAGCCUCGUUUAUAGAAUUUGCUGCUGAUCUUCGUAGCUGAUCUGUCAUCAGCCAGUCAGCGCGCAACGAUGAUCAUUAUCUCAACGGCAUUGCGGCCAAGCGUAUGCUGCUUAGUAUUGCUCUGGUGCACCAUCAGUGGAAUUGUUGUUAAAGCCGAGCGAAUCGCAGAAACAAAAUGUAAGGAAUGGUAUGAGGCAACCAAAACCAUUUCGCUGGCCAUUCCGCUGACUCUGGAUCCACCCACGUAUCGGCUGGAAUCGAGUAACUGCAGCAAUUCGGUGGGAUUGAUCGUAGGCGGAAAGGAAGCUGAAGAAGGUGAAUUUCCUCACCAGGCCCUCUUGGGUUAUAACAUUACGGAAGAAAGUCCAAAGACCACGGAUCGGUAUGAUUUCCAAUGCGGUGGAUCAUUGAUCAGCGAACGUUUUGUACUGACUGCGGCACACUGUAUGAAAUACGCCAAACCCGUCGUAGUUCGGCUGGGAGUUUUGGAAAUCGCAGACGGAGAUGAUGGGUCGUUCGAUUACGGAAUCGAUUUCAUACGAAAACAUCCAAACUAUAUCAAUGCAGCUUCCUAUCACGAUAUUGCACUCAUUAAACUGAGCACCGUAGUAAGCUUCGAGCAAACGAUAGUGCCGGCCUGCCUGUGGACAGAAAUGGCCAUCACCGUGGACUCGGUUAUUGCUUCCGGAUUCGGUCAUACCAAGUUUGGAAAUGACAAAAUAUCUCCCAUACUGCGCAAAGUGAAAUUGGACUUCCUGGAUCGAUCCCAAUGCGAGAACCAAUUCAACGGUCUUCGAAAUUUCAGACGGGGCAUCCUGCCCCAGCAACUUUGUAUCGGAAGCAAGCGAGGAGGGCGCGAUACUUGCCAGGGAGAUUCCGGAGGGCCAGUUCAGACCGUCAGAGAUCCCUCGCAGUCCUGUGUGUUCCACGUAAUUGGGGUAACGUCCGUCGGAUCGUUCUGUGGAACGGGGCAAUCGCCUGCGGUUUACACCCGUGUGGCAAGCUACAUCGAUUGGAUCGAGGAAGUGGUGUGGAAAUCGGGGGCAAUUGAAUAGUUUUUAACGGUUAAUUCAAUUUUGUUCUGUUUAUCUUAUCGAUAUUCUAUCAGAAGCUCUCAAGAAUAUUUAAAAAAAAACGCAAGAUUUUCAAAACGAAAAGCAAUUCUCAUUACAUAAAAGAAGUGCAGUCAGCUUAGUUAUAUCAUAACUUGAAGGCUGAUGAGAAAUUUAUCACCCGGAAGUUUAAGAUGCCAAAAAGGUUCAUAUGGUCAAAAUGAAGAAUUCCAUUUUUAAAACAAUUUAAACAUGACACAACUCAAACAAUUUGCAGGCGGUUUUCAUAAAAAUAGGUUCACAAGCAUUCAUAAAAAAAUCAUUGCGGUAUUUGAUAUUUUAUUACACUUAAAAAAAUCCGACCACUUUAACUUUAAAAAUAAAUGGAAACUCACAAAGAAAACAUAUAGGGGAGAUGGGGGCAUAAUGGCCACCUUAAGGAAAACGGUUAUUUAACCAUAUAAAAUAGCUAUAAUAUGGAGGUUACAUUAUUGUUUCGUGUUCAGACACUUGAAAAGCCUAUUCCCUAACGGGCUGAAACGUGAAAAACUAGAUGAAAAUGUUAAAAAAUGCAUUUUAAAAAAUUUUGCCAAAAGCCGAAAACCAGCCACUGUGGAGGCAUAAUGAGAACCCCCCCUGAGGCAGUAUGUGCACCAUUAAUCAGAGCAAGAUGUGCGUUUUUACCGGGGAAUCUAGCAGCGAAUUCAAUUCGAUGAAGUCAGGUGAGUCGUAGAUUCAUCAAACAAAGCAAUAACAAAAUAAUCUUGGUCUGUUUGUAGAAUACAAACAAUUCACGCACGCUCAUACAUUAAGUGCUUUGUUCGGAGGAUGAUGCUACUAGCCGUAUAAUGUAACAAUAAAAAAAAUCGAUCAUGAAUUGUGAAUGGAAAAAUAUCACCUCGAACAGAAAUCUAACUCUAGUCUUUUGAUUACCUCUCCGACACCUUACCAAUAGGCUAAAUUGUCGGAUGAAAACUAGUUAAGGUGUGGCGCUAUAAAUCAAUUUUAAUUCGCUGCUAGAUUCUACGGCAGAAAAUGCUCAUUAUGCCUCGAUAAUAUGGUGCUCUAUAUGCCCCUAGUCAACAAAUUUAAGUAAAAACGUGUUUUAAAAUUGAUAAAAGUGACAAAUCAAAAAUAUUAUGAUGGUAACAAUUGAGAAACAAUGUGUACAUCAUGUUGCAGUGCGUACAUUAUAGAUCAAGAUUAUUUUAAGAUCAUAAGAGCUUAUUGUGUGGUGCUCUUAAAUUAUUAUAUUUUCGUAACUUGAGAACCAAGCUAGUUUUUUUUAAAUAUCUCUGUAAAGAUGAUAAGGAGAUUCCUUUUUUGUGAAAAAUUAAUACUAUAGGAAGUACGAAACAAAUCCUCAUGAAAAUUUAUUUAAGAAAAUACGCACUUUCGUAGAAAAGCGUAGUUCUCAUUAUGCCUCGGGUGCUCGUUAUGCCCUCAUCUCCCCUACAUAAAGCUGAGUUCGUUUAGAAAUUGAACACUUUCUUUUGCUGAUAGCUCAUUCACUAGUUAUCGGACAUUCAAACCUUUGACAGCAUUUUGCUGCCUAUGAAAAAUACUACUGAACAUUUUUAUUUUUAGUUUUCGCGUUUUUUGGAGUAUUUACGAUGUCAGAGAAAAAGAAAAUAAAAUUAGCACAGUUUCCUUAAAAAUCCGUCAUUAUCAAUAUGAUAGCUGACAAAACCAUUGUUUAUUCAAAGAA